UGGGGCCGGGGCUGUGCCCUCCCCGCCGCUCACUCCCGGGGAGCCGUGUCCGCGGGCGGGGCCAUGAAGGUGAAGGUGAUCUCCGUGCUGGAGGACAACUACAUGUACCUGGUCAUCGAGGAGAGCACCCGCGACGCCGUGGCCGUGGACGCCGCGGUCCCCAAAAGGCUGCUGGAGAUCAUCAAGAAGGAGGACGUGGUGCUCAGGGCCAUCCUCACCACCCACCACCACUGGGACCAUGCCAGGGGCAAUGAGGAGCUGGCACAGCUCUUCCCCGGCCUGCGGGUGUUCGGUGCUGACGAGCGYGUCGGGGCCCUCACGCACAAGGUCACCCACGGCCAGGAGCUCACGUUCGGGGCCAUCAGGGUCCGGUGCCUCUUCACCCCUUGCCACACCUCGGGCCACAUGUGCUAYUUCAUGUGGGAGGACGACUCCCCAGAUGCUCCGGCGCUGUUCUCAGGUGACACCCUGUUYGUGGGGGGCUGCGGGCAGUUCUUCGAGGGGACAGCGGAGCAGAUGCACACCAACCUCACCCAAAUCCUGGGGACUCUGCCCAAGGACACGAAGGUUUUCUGUGGCCACGAAUGCACUGUCAGAAACCUCAAAUUCGCCUCCAAAGUGGAGCCAGAGAAUGAGGCGGUGAAGGAGAAGCUGGCGUGGGCCAAACAGCGCGAUGAUGAGGACCUGCCCACGGUGCCCUCGACGCUGCACGAGGAGUUCCUGUACAAUCCCUUCCUGCGGGUCACGGAAGAGGCCGUGCAAAAGUUCACGGGUCAGACGGAGCCCGUGGAGGUGCUGAGGACGCUGCGCUCCCAGAGGGACAACUUCAAGAAGCCCAAGGAGAGGCCCAACCCCCAGGCCAUGCUGGCCUUUGACUGGGGGCUCUUUGGGCCCUUGCUGGAGAAGAAGUGACAUCCCCUCCAUGCCAAGGUUCCCUUCUGGCUGUGCCCAGCUCGGAUUYGCUCCCAGCUGGGCACUGGUUUUUGUCUUUAACCUGCUCGUGUGAGGCUGCUCUGCUCCGCUCUGCUCCCCCUCUGGCCCCRUGUCCAGCUCCCCUGGCUUGGGGAGCUCCCUGUGGAGCACCCAGAUCCCUUUGGUGACCCCACCUCGGUACUGGGAUGCAGCUGCUGCCAGCAGAGGGUCAGGACAUGGCUUGGAGGAGGGGAYGCUCCCAAUUUUCGGGUCAGGAAGCUGGGAAGUGGCUGRUGGCACUGGUGCCCACCCARCUCCAGCCCUGUGCUAACAAAAYCCU